AUGGCUUUCAUGAUGUGCCACAUCUUGGCCGUAUCCAGGGUGUCACGGAUAGAGUCGCUGAUUCGGUACCAGUUCUCCAAGGACAGCUUUCUUUUUGGAAAGGAGGUUUGCAACUGCACCGAUGUAUUUGGAGAGAACAUCAUGGCCUGCGGCUUUGAUACUGAAGAGACUCUAAACAAGACCACAAAGUAUGUGAAUAUAUGUACCACUGAAGAGUGCGACAUUGUUUUUCACUUGACAAGAGAAGACCUUACGUAUUACAUUAACGGCACUUGUAUCACUGCGAUCGAUGGUAUGGCUGGAACAGCCGGAGUUUGCACAGAGGAUAAAUUUGCUAUCGGGGAAGACAAUCCGCAUACAUAUAGCGGACUCAUAACGAUGGCACAUGAAAUCGGACACCUGCUGGGCGCUGACCACGACAGCUGUCCGGGUGCAGUGGAAUGCCCUGCUAGUUACGGACAUCUAAUGACAAGUAUCCAGAGGGAUAUGCAAAAUAAAUCGAAGCUGUCACACUGCAGUCAACAACAGAUAGGUUCCUUAGCCAGGCGACUACCACCAUCAUGUAUAAACGUCAGCACGAGAGCGAACUACACAAAUCAAAUAUAUCCCGGAGAAAACAUCACUUACGAACACCUUUGUAAAUUGAUGCACCCAGGAGUAGGAGGCGUUAAUGUCGCCACAAGUAAUCUGACGGAUUGCCUUAUUAGGUGCGGCUGGAAUGGUACAUUCAGCGAGAAUUAUCAAGACAGUUCUGAGAGGUCAGAAAUUCAAUAUACAGAAUCGCCAGACACGGCUGAAGAAUAUGGCGAAUAUAGCGAACAACAAUAUUUAGAUUACCAAUAUCACGACCUGCUAGACGGAAUGCCAUGCGGUGAAAACAAGAUAUUCAUCGGAUUCGCUGCGUGGGAGAACCUGAUCGACGUCGCCCAUGCGCAAGUGCUGGCUAUUCCGGCAGCAAAGGUUGGAGGUACCAGCUCGCCCGACCGGUCGACUGAGGACCCGUUCCACUGUGAGGCCACUGAAGCCUUCCUUCAUGCCAGCGAACCAUGCCUCACCGAAGCGCUGUCAUUUCCGGCUGCCAAAUCGACAGACGCAUCAACGCCGAUAUUCAUCGGAUUCGCUGCGUGGGAGAACCUGAUCGACGUCGCCCAUGCGCAAGUGCUGGCUAUUCCGGCAGCAAAGGUUGGAGGUACCAGCUCGCCCGACCGGUCGACUGAGGACCCAUUCCACUGCGAGGCCACUGAAGCCUUCCUUCAUGCGAGCGAACCAUGCCUCACCGAAGCGCUGUCAUUUCCGGCUGCCAAAUUGACAGACGCAUCAACGCCGGCACGCUUUAAAAGUAGCUGGAAUGGCUGGCGCCACUUCAGUGGGAAUGGAAGCACUGCAGCCGCCAACAUGCCUCAAACACAUUUUUGUUUUUGGAUGCAGACCCAUUUCACUUACCAGCGUGCCUUGCAAAAUCCUUGA